AGAGGAUCUUCGGCAGGCAGAUAACUUCCUCUCUCCGUCUCAUUCUGUUACUUCUCGGCCAACAUGUUGAAGUUCAGAAGCUCCUCACUGAGAUCAGCAGUCCGCCUGCUCUCUCCUGCUGCUCCUGCUGCUCCUGCUGCUCAGCCUCGAGUGCAUCUCUCCACUGGUCCCCAACAGGAACACAGAACCUUCUAUGAGUUCCGCACUUACUGCAUCCGUCCAGACCAGAACGCGGCCUUCCUCAAACUGACCAAUGAGAAGAUCCACCUUCGCACCGCCCACUCCGAACUGAUUGGCUACUGGAGCAUCGAGUACGGCGGCCUCAACAAAGUCUUCCAUAUAUGGAAGUAUGACAGUUAUUCUCAGCGGGCAGCAGUCCGGGCAGCCCUGGCUAAGGACCCGUCCUGGAUCUCAGAUUACCUCUCGAAGGCGAUACCGAUGCUGACGUCUCAGGACAACGAGGUCACCUACGUGGUUCCGUGGAGCCGGCUUCAGAGUCCGCCACAGGAGGGUGGUGUGUACGAGCUCGUCUCCUUCCUGAUGAAACCUGGCAGUCCAGCAAGGUGGGGCAAAGCCUUCCAGGCUGCCAUCAGCGCCCACGAUGCACCAGGGUACGGCAAGCUGGUGGGAGCGUUCCACAACGAGUUUGGGCUCCAGAACAGAGUUCACGCCCUCUGGUGGUUCGAGAGCGCCGACCAGCGAGCUGAAAUUCGACACAAAGCUCACACUGACGCCAGAGUUGUCGCUGCAGUCAGAGACAGCGUCGUCCAUCUGGACUCUCAGGAGAAUAAACUCAUGGUCCCGUGUCCCUUCUCGCCACUCAAGUAACUUCCUGUCCUCACACCUGCGUCUCCACGGCAACAGAGACAAACACUGUAACAGCCUGUAACCAAGCCCCACCCCUUCCCUGAUGAACCAAUCACAGCUCAGCAUGCUGUUCAUUAACAAUUAUUAUUAUUAACAAUAUUAAUGUCAAAUUAUAAAAAAUGAAUAAUUGAUAUUGAGUCAGUCAGUGUGUGAGCAGCAGUGUCCAAUCCUGAGGUCUGGAUGUUGGAGGUGGGCGGGGCUUCCUGUCUGAUGUAAACAAUAAUAAACUGAGACAUGAA